UUUCCGGGAGGUGGCAGCAGUGGCGUGUGGCGCCGCACUUGGCCCCCGGCUCGUUGUCGCAGGGAGCGUGUUCCGGGAGCGGACCGGGAGGAGCGGGCGCGGGGAUGCUGUGCAGAUGACACGGGCUGGAUCAUCAUUUCUGACCGAGUCAUGUCUCUGGUGUGCGGGGUGCUUCCAAUAGUGUUUCUGUACCAAUUGGUGCUCGGCACAAUGGGUGGAUCCUCUGCCAGCGAGCCAGUCUCGGAUGACUUGAUCCUACUGUAUGUACACCACGACCAGAUUACACCCGGAAACUACACCUACAUGUACCUUGAGGACGCUGGCCGACUUGUGCUGCAGAUAGACAGUCACCGGGGCGACGCUGACCUCUAUGUCUCCGACUCUACCCGACACCCCAGUUUCGAUGACUACGAGUUGCAGUCUACGACUUGUGGCCCAGACUGGGUGGUAGUGCCCCCCAGGUUCCGUCGUCCGGUGGCUGUUGGUGUCUACGGGCACCCCUCGCACCCAGAGACCGAGUACGAGAUAAAGGUUUACCUGGACCAAGGGGUGAUAGAGGACCCCUUUGCUGAACUCUCCUAUCCCACUGACAAGGGCGCUGGCGAUGGGACCCCGGGUAAGACAGUACAAGAGGAGAAGUCGGUAAUGUGGACCAUAAUGAUUGGGAUUCUUAAGCUGGUGCUGGAGAUCCUGUUUUGAUGGUGUCCCCUCACAGCUUGUGUGUGACGUGGAUGGGAGGACAGCCAUUUUCAUCUACAGUGCAAUUGGAGCUUUUCUGACCUCCAUCCCUGCUUCUUCACAUGGCUCGGUUGAACUUAUUGUUUCUUUGAUUUCAAUCGGUCAGUGGCCUGAGUUUAAUUUUGAAGAAAUGGUUUGUUUUUUCCUUUGUUCUGUCUGUGGAGGGAUGUUCCAGACUUUAUGUUAAUGUAAUUUAUCGUGUUAUUACCAGGUGGGACACCAGCUCUUUUCUUUUGUAGGAUACCCAAUGUCCUGUAUCCAUUGUAUCUAUGUCCCAUGAUAUGCCUUUUCUUUCAGUGCAGUGUCCAUUCCCAGGAUAGCCCGUCUCCCAAUGCCCCCUCUUUUGUUGUGCACAUGCUAUUACCUUAAGUGCGCAGUACUUUAAAUUGUUUUGUGAGGCCCUCACAGGAGCUGUGUCUACAACUUGUGCUAGGUACUUUUCCAGAGGAAACUUUGUCCUUUUCUUUUCUAUCCCAUGUCCAUUUCCUGAGAUAUACUCUCAUCCUGUCUUUGCCACAUUCAUUUCCUGAGAUUCUCCCCUCCCCUAUAGUAUGCCUGCAUUGUGGGAUUAUGAAUCUAAACUUGCCUUGUUUUUUGGCAUAAGUUCUGUCUCUUUGUACAAUAUCCAUUCAGAUUUUGGUACAGGGAUACUGUACAUUUUGUACAUGAACAGAGCAGCAGAAUGAUUCGUAUGGUAUGGGCAUUGGUUUCUACUCCAAUAUCCUGCAAAGCGAUUCCUUUGCACUGUCCAUAUUACGCGAAAGUUAAAGACACUUAACAAAUUGGAAAUGGAUAUUUUUAUAGAAUCUGUUGGAAUUAUCACUUGUCAAUGUGUGUUGCCUGAUUGGCAGGUAAUUAUUUUUCAUUUUUAGAGGCUGGAACCUGAGAGAAAAUGAAUGGUGAUGGACAUUCUUUUUGAGAAUGAGAGUCAAUAAACACGAUGAUUGCAUUGACCCUGGA